AAUGAUGCCUAUGGACCCCCCAGCAACUUCCUCGAGAUCUAUGUGAGCGAUCGGCAGACUCGGGUGUCGGCCGGCCGGGGCCGCUUCACCACUUACGAAAUCAGGGUGAAGACAAAUCUUCCUAUUUUCAAGCUGAAAGAAUCUACUGUUAGAAGAAGAUACAGUGACUUUGAAUGGCUGCGAAGUGAAUUAGAAAGAGAGAGCAAGGUCGUAGUUCCCCCACUCCCUGGGAAAGCGUUUUUGCGUCAGCUUCCUUUUAGAGGAGAUGAUGGAAUAUUUGAUGACAAUUUUAUUGAGGAAAGAAAACAAGGGCUGGAGCAGUUUAUAAACAAGGUCGCUGGUCAUCCUCUGGCACAGAAUGAACGUUGUCUUCACAUGUUUUUACAAGAUGAAAUAAUAGAUAAAAGCUAUACUCCAUCUAAAAUAAGACAUGCCUGAAAUUUGGCAAGAAGGGGCAAAAAUGUGACUAUUAAUGAUUGAUAAGCACCAGUGAAGAAGUUCUAACUUUUAGCAUGCUGCACAGAAACUGGUAUAACAUGCCUUCAGUAUACUAACACUCAUACGCUCAGUUUUGUUUUGUUUUGGCAGUUGACAAGAAGUUAAUUUGCUUUAGUGAAAAUCCCUCAUUCCAGCCUUUCUAUAUAAAUAGCUCUUCUUGCUGUUUUAAUGUGGUGCACACUGUAGCCUCACAAACCUGUUAUUCCAAUGUAAUCUGCAGUGUCCUAACUAAAGUUACUGGCUUGGUCUUAUUUGCACAGUUUUUGUGUCUUGUUUGCUUCUUGCAUCUGAUUAACUAGAAUAUUUCUCUUUCCCCCUUUUAAUGUGUGAUGUCACUUGACCCAAUUUAUGUGUAGGAGCACUACACCAUUGGUUUCCAAUACUGCACACAUAAGAUACAUACUUGUGUGCAGAAAGUAUCUUCCUUCAGGCUUGUAAUACCCUUCACAUGGAAGAUUAAUGAGGGAAAUCUUUAUAUUCUGUAUAAAAACAAAAUCAAAUUUAUAUACUAAAAUCAUUUGUCUAAAAAUUUAAGUUGUUUUCAAAUAAAAAUUAAAAUGCGUUUCUGAUAUGCACUGAUUGUGUUGCCUCCAGCUUUUCUUUGCUCUCUAUGAGUGACUGCUUAAGUCACUUGUUGAGAGGGAUUAUUUACUAAUUAUAUACUUCUCAUUCCUGUCAUUCCAUUCCCUUUAAACAGUGGUGACAUCAAAUAUACUUCCACCCAUUGAAUGGGGUGUUUUCAACAACAACAAAAGUGAUAUACUAAAAAAUUUAUUCCUUAAGACUUACUGAAUCAUUUUGAAGCACUUUUGUGUAUUUCAAAACUGUUUUAUAAUCUCAAGUCAUUUAUUAAAAGGACUUUUAAAGAUAA